UCAAGCAGCCGCGGCGACGGACACGACACACGGAUCAAUCGGAAGCCACGCUGUGAGUACGCGUUCGAGUCCUGUGGAGAGCUCUCUGUCACUCUUCCACCACGUCACGGUAUCCUCUGUGGCGCGCGCGUUCUCCUUUCCAGUGCCCAGAGAAAUCCUCGAGGAAACGUCGCUGCAAUUGCACCACAAAUAAUAUUCAAGAGAAGGCCUCGAGAAAUGCCCAAAGUUCUCGGCCGAGAACGAGCUGUCCAAGCCAAGUGUCCGCGAGUGUAGGUCCGCCAGUGUGUUGUCAGGGGGUUCUGGGGUUGUUUUGUGGGUGCAGCUCAGAGUGCAUAAUUAUUUGGGUCAAAGCAGGCAUCACAAAACAACAAGAACGUGCGAAAGCUGCAUCUGGAAACAGCGAACCAAACCAAAGGCAAAAGUUGCGAGUGUUCAGCCCAUCAUCCACCUGUUAUGCAGCUCGCCUAGGCCAUAUCCAGAGAGCGACAGCGACAGUGACAGCGACAGCGACAGCACCAGCGAGAGCGAUAGGACGCAAUGGAGGCCAGUCAGCCAGCCAAGGUGCAUCGCCAGCACCAGCGACAGCGCCAGCGACGGACGGAGGCACGUCAGCGUCGCCUGGAGCGCGAGGCAGCUGCCACAACCACCACAACGCCGGAGAGGGAUGGUGGUCAGGAGGUGAUAAGCACUAUGGAGGACUGUGCAGCGGCCCUGAACGAUUCCAGCUCGAUGGGGGCAGGGGGGGAAGGAAGCACUACAGGAGCGGGGGGAACUAAUAGCGCCGGUCGCAUUAGUGCCCAGAGCUCGGCGGACAGCAUUGAGAUGGUGGGCUCCCCCAGUCAGACCUCACAGCAGACGGUGGUGCUGGUCAAUGGCCAAGAGGAGAGCGCCUCCUUGGGGGCGGCGGCAGAACAUCUGGAUUCUCAGGCGCCGCCAUCGCCAUCGCCACGGCCGUCGCAGCCAACGAAGCAGAGCGAUGGCAGUCGCAACUCAUCCGGAGACGCCAUGAGCCUGAGGGAGACACUGCAGCAGCUGCCGGCCACACAUGGCCACCACAGGUCGAGGCGAACCCACUCGCCACAGCCCCAGGCCCUGGAGGCGGACUCCUCGUUUCAUCGAGGCAUCCUGGGCUACAUGGAUCGCGAGCUCAAGCAGAGCUCGCCCACGCCAUCGGCCCUGAGCAGUGGUGCGGGAGCAACUGCAGCCGCAAAUGGUGCCGGAGGACAUGGGACAUCGCGCAAGCAGCAGUCACUCUCCGAUCCGCAAGCCAGUCCCGCCCAGCGGUCGCUGCGUUCCCGGAACAGCUUCGACAAGAGUCCGCGACGCAAACGCAGCAAGUCGGAGUCGCGGAGGAGGAGGGAGCGCAAGUUGAUAGCCGCCGGCGAAGUGGAAGUGGUCCGCCAGGCCAACGAGACCCUGAUGCGCUACCUCAAGCAAUGCUCCGACAUGCAGGACGCCUCGCUGUCCGGCGAACUAGAAAUCGAUCAGAGCUACGAGGAGAGACGCGUGCACCGCAAGACCAAGUCGCAGCGGGACAAGCGGGGACAGCUAAUCAGCAAGCUGUACACGGCGGGGGGGAUAUCCUCCAUACUGAAGGAGCUGGCCGAUGACAUUGCCCCAGCCGAGGGCGAGGAGAUCUACAACCCAUUCACACCGGUCGUCUCACCCACGGACGAUGCGCCCGCGCACAUCGACAAAAUGUUUCUGCAGACGUCAUCCGGCUAUCGACCAGUGGAGCACAGCUACUACAAGCGCUCCUUCCUGGGGGCUGCCGCACGUGGCUCAGGUGGCACGUCUGGCGGGGGUGCUGCGUGCGGCAUCAAUGGCAUCUCCGCUGCCGAGCUGGGUGGAGCCGGUCGUCUCUAUCGCUCGCAUGGCGGCCACUGCCUUGCCGGAAGCGGUGGAGCAGGGGGCUCAACCAGCGGACGUGGCAGCUAUGGUGACACCCACUGCCUGCUCGAUGCCGACUUAAAUCGCAACGGCAUCACCAGCAGUAUACAACUAGCCUGUGUAGUUCAACGAAUCUGGCUGCUCAUGUCGAAUAUAUGCCACGGCCUGCUAGCUGGUCUAGCAUUGGCCCAUCUACUGUUUGUGCUGAGCAGCCACCCCAUGGACUGGGCAAAGGUCAUCAAUGGCAUUAGUCUUGCUGGCGAGACAAUGCCAUCCUCAUCAACAUCAUCCACACCAUUGGCGAUGGACUUGACCACAACAAGAGCUAGCCCCACAAACUUGGGGCUCAAUGCUGGCGGAACAGAUCCCAGCGGAUCAGCAUCAGCGUCGGGACCAGGAACAUCGGUGACAAGCAGCAGCGAUGCUUUAGCCCUGAUCAGCGACUAUGCGGCAUUUGCGGAGAUCUACUUGAAUACCUUCUACUGCUUGGCCAUCAUAUGCCUGGUUUCGGUGUUCGAUCGCAUGGACAUUUGUCGUUGGAGCUUCUCGAGUGCCAGUGAACUGAUCUCAUUCCGUUGGCUCAUCAUCACAAUGAUCUACGUUGCGACAAUAAUCCUGACGAUCUGCUCCGAUUCGAUCGAUGAAAAGCUGUACCUGUUCAAUAACAAUGCCAACAUAACAUUGACCCAACAGGAGUUGCUGAGCAACAGUGUGCGGGGCGUGUGGAGCAGUCUGUCGGUGACGCGGAGCAUUGCCGCCAUAUCGGGCUGGAUAAUGAUUGGUCUGACGCCACAGGAGGAUAUGCUGUACGAGCAUCUGGUAGAUCUUACCAAAUAUCAAUUGACAAAUAAUUGAAUUUAAGGCGCCAUGGGAAAACAAUUGUUUCCCAAACACAUUUUUAAGUUUAACCGAGCUGUACAUAAACCGAGUGCAAUAAUAUAACGAAUAUAACUGAAUUACAAUACAACUAACGUACAUACAUGCAUACUAUAUAUAUAUACAUACAUAUAUACAAAGAUAAUUGGAAUUCAGGCGAUAAACGAUCUACCGAGCUAACGAAUCAAUCGAUCAGAGCAAAACGACGACAUGGACAUCACAUUGUAAACUUGUAUAUAAAAAGUAUGAAUGCAAAUAAACAGACAACAAAAAUUGUACAAAAGUGCUGUGAGUUGAU